UAAACUACCAGUAAUGCAACCUAAAAAAAUACAAUAAGCGUCAGCUGAACUCCGAAGGAGAGGGAGAGGGAAACGUGUCUCCGGCCCGCAGCGCUACAAUAUAAAGGAGAAAAAGCCGUAAACUAAAAGGGAAACUGAAAUCCCAGAACCCACUGAAUUCAUGCCACUUCCGAUCCUAACAUCUUUCCUAUUUCAAAUUUCUUCUGCUUUUUCACCUGUCUUUUGCUUCAUUUUCACCCGUCGUUUUUUUCCAAUUUUUCCACUUUCACACUUGCCAAACCCUGAUCGAUCAAUCGUCAAUCUUCAUACAAACACAUCUCGAUUCCAACUCCGAUUCCCCAAAACUCUCCCAAAAUUAACUAGCCAUGUUCAUUUCGUCAAAUUUUGUUCCGGCAGAUGAGGAAACCGUCGUCUUCGAGGCGUUCACUUUGUGACAGAUUUUGAUUUUUAUAUUUUGGUACUUGAAUGGGCGACCUUCGAGCUUGGUCACCUGAGUUAAACGGCGCGGUUUUAGAGGAAAGGCCGUUGUCGUCGUCUUUGUCUUUGGCAAACCAAGCCGGUGUUAGUGCCGAGUCCUGGGAAAGAGCCGAAGCCGUAACGCAGGGGAUCAUAGCCCAGGUGCAACCCACCCUUGUCUCGGAGGAGAGGAGGAAAGCGGUUAUUGAUUAUGUGCAGAGGCUAAUUAGGAAUUCUGUUGGUUGUGAGGUAUUCCCAUUUGGGUCGGUUCCACUGAAAACCUAUCUUCCUGAUGGAGAUAUUGACUUGACAGCUUUUGGUGGUAUGAAUAUUGAGGAAGCACUGGCCAAUGAUGUCUGCUCUGUCCUUGAAAGGGAAGAUCAGAACAGGACUGCUGAGUUUGUUGUGAAGGAUGUUCAGUUAAUCAGGGCAGAGGUUAAGCUUGUAAAGUGUCUGGUACAGAACAUUGUAGUGGAUAUCUCCUUCAAUCAGUUAGGAGGGCUUUGCACAUUAUGCUUUCUUGAACAGGUUGAUUGUCUGAUUGGCAAAGAUCACCUUUUCAAACGCAGUAUUAUACUGAUCAAGGCUUGGUGCUACUAUGAGAGCCGUAUUCUUGGUGCGCAUCAUGGCUUGAUAUCUACCUAUGCUUUGGAGACUUUGGUUCUAUAUAUCUUCCAUCUAUUCCAUUCAUCAUUAACUGGUCCUUUAGCUGUUCUCUAUAAAUUCUUGGACUACUUCAGCAAAUUUGAUUGGGACAACUACUGUAUCAGUUUGAAUGGUCCAGUCCGAAUAUCCUCACUGCCAGAAGUUGUGGUUGAGACACCUGAAAAUGGCGGAUUUGAUCUGUUGCUUAGUAAUGAUUUUCUCAAGGAAUGUGUGGAAAUGUUCUCAGUUCCUGCAAGAGCAUAUGAGACAAACUCGCGAACAUUUCCCCCUAAGCAUCUUAAUAUUGUUGAUCCAUUGAAAGAAAAUAACAACCUCGGUCGGAGCGUAAGCAAAGGAAACUUUUACCGAAUAAAGAGUGCUUUCACAUAUGGGGCUCGAAAGCUUGGUCGCAUCCUUUCUCAGCCAGAAGAAAGCAUCACUGAUGAACUUUAUAAAUUUUUUUCUAACACUUUAGAUAGGCAUGGAAAUGGACAGAGGCCUGAUGUUCAAGAUCCGGCACCUUCAGAUGGACAACAUGCGUUUGCUGCCACACUGUCAUUUCCAGGUCCAGAGUCAUAUGAAGAAGAUCAUACAAUUUGUGAAUCAGAAUCUUCUGAUUCAAGUGGUGUAACUGGAGAAUGUAGAUCGGAUCAUGAGCAACCUUUUUAUGGAGGCAGUGUUAAGGUAUCAGGGAGGAAAAUGAAUUUUAACGGAACAAUUAAUGAACUACAAAAUUCUGCAAAUGGGCCUGCUGUUUCAGAAAAUCGUCUUUCUGGUGAUGCAAAAGACCUUGCAACUUCUAGACUGCAAGGUCUCUCGAUUGCAAAUGAUGCAAUUAAAUUUUCUGCUCUGAGUGCUGAAGAGAGUGAAUCCCCUAUGGGCAAAGCACAUCAUGCACCUCAUCUCUAUUUCUCUUCCUCAGUCAUGGGAAAUGGGGAAAUGAGAAGUGGGAAUAUGGAAAGGAAACAUCAUGAAAGUUCUGGUUUUAUGGAGAAGAGAGUGUCUUCUGGGCUUCAGCCAGCUCCUGUUGAGGAUAUGAUCCAUGCUGUCUGUAAUGACGCAGAAAACAAGGUGGUCACUAACCAUGAAGUUCUGUCUCCUCUGGGAUCAAAAAAUCGUCCAUUACUCUUCAGUUCAGUGGCUUGGUCCUCUGAAGAUCUUUAUCCUAGCCAUUCCAGCAAUCGGGCCAGUGCUAGUACUGCUGGAAGUUCUGAAGCCCUCGAGUCUUUGUCAGAUCUUAGUGGGGAUUAUGAGGGUCACAUAAACAGUUUGCAUCAUGGUCAAUGGUGGUACGAGUAUGCAUUUAGUACGUCUGCUCCUAUGUCUCCCCAGCUGCUUACUCCGUUCCAGAGCAAGAAUUCAUGGGAUGUAAUAAGACGGUCAAUGCAGUUUAGGCGGAAUGUGGUCUCCCAGAUGAAUGUCAAUGGUGUUGUACCAAGACCAGUUUUUUACCCCAUGAACCCACACAUGCUACCUGGUGGAGCCUUUGGUGUGGAGGAAAUGCCAAAGCCUCGAGGAACAGGGACAUACUUUCCCAACACGAACCAUUACAGGGACAGGAAGUUGACAGCUAGGGGAAGGAAUCAAGCACCAGUAAGGUCUCCUCAUUCCAAUGGUCGUGUUGUGACUUCCCAGGAGAAAAGUCUGCCAGAAAGAAACUGCCGAGACCAUGAGCUGUCACAAGCACAAAUUCAUAUCCACCAAGGUGGUGGAAAGUUUGGAUCUUCAGAUCUUCGCCACACUGGUUCUCCUGAAACCAAACAAUGCUCCAAUAUAAACAGUUCAAUGCAUAUGUCAGAGAGGAUGGUAGAAUUUGGGUCAAUUGGACAUCCACCACAUGGUAUCUCCUCGACAGAAGUUGGUAGGCAGCCAAACUCAGGUUCUGCACCAGCUCACAAUUUUAGCGUGAGCCAAGCAACCCCAGGGAUGCAAGGGCCAAAACCUGUUUUGGCCAUCAAUCAGGAUAGGAUGGCGAUGCAGUCAUACCAGUUGAAAGAUGAAGGUGAUUUCCCCCCUUUAUCCGAUUCCAGUGGGAAGGGAUUGUCUAUCAGUACGGUUAAGAAGCUUGAAAGAUCAGAACAGUAAAUUCUAACAAACCAGCCUGUGCCAGGUUUUUCUGCCUCAUGGCUCCUUGACAACCACCUGGAUGAUGUGUGCGUGGAGUUCCCUGUUUUGUGUUUGGUUUGAGUGCCUUUUGUACAUUCUACUAAUGAUUCCUUAGCUGUCUUGUUUUUAUGUAUAGGAUGGUUGAAUUAUGAUUUUAGCUCAAGUUUUGAUGUCACUGUCAUCCCUUGUAGGUAAAAGGUAUAGAAACAAAAAUUGUUGUUUCUCAUCUCUAAUGCAACUUAAAUUGGGAAAUAAUUUUCUUUUGUAGCUGUAAUGAGAGAACCAUUGCUUUUUGGGA